AAGAAGAACUCGUCUCUCUUCACUUGUUCAGGAAGGUGUUUAGUAGAAAGUGAGUAAGGGGCACCAGCAGCAUAUGUUUAGCCUUUGUAACCGAAAAACAGCGGCUAAAUCAGGUGAAGUCACAGUGCAGGUAAAAUGUCGGCUUGGGCGAAGGCACCGACAGGUGGGCGGCGGCCGUCAGGGAACCCAAAUGGAAGUGCUCAACAGCUUCGUCUGUUUCGGAGAGCAGCUCCUUAUCCUUCAAGGGAGGACAGGACCGAGGAGCUCAAGGAUGCCCUAGAUAGUUACGAAGAAUUGGAACAAAUACAAAACUACAGUGCAGGUGUAAAGUAUGAGGCAUUCAAAAAUCAGCCAAAUGCCUCAGCCAAGUCCGAGGGCUGCACUCCCGCAGACAGACGUAAAACCCUCUAUCAGAAGUUCUACAGGCAGGUGCAAGAGGAGAAGAAGCCAGCUGAUUGUGUGGUUCUUUCUGUCACCAACCAGUGCCCGGAUUACCCCAAAUCGCUAAGCCAGUGCUUGCAGGAGCGUGGCCUGUCAGUGGAAAUGCUCUACCUUCAAGCGGAAUCGGGCCUGACCCGGGCCCUGCAGGAUGUCCGAGCAGUUGGCUCCCCAUUUUGUAUUCUGGUGGAGCAGACAAACAUAGCUCUGUCCUCCUGCACUGUUAUCAUAUUCUCAGAAUCCCUCAAAAUCCAUCGCAACAUGCCCAAAGACCAGGCCAUGGACUUUGUUCAAGCAGAGUACACUCGCGGACUCCCCAAAGAGCGCCCUCCAAGGGACCCCGCAGAUAUCGCGGCACAGGCGUCACAGCUGCUGGACGACUUUCUGGACCGAGAGAAGAUUGCGCGCCACACCGUUCCCUCUGAAACACGGCAGCUCCUCAUGCUGCUGGCUGACGGGGUGCAUCUCUACCCCGAGGAGUUGGAAAACAUCUCGGAGUACGUUCGUUCCCGGCAGCACCACGUACAAGCCUCCAGUACUGAAGGCGAGAGGGGGAAUAUGUUACCUCCAGGAUUGGGAAAACCACCUCCUUUGCUUCCUACUCCACCUGGGCCUCCACAACCCUCUGCAACUGUAUCAGGGGGGUCCAUGUUGGACCACUCCCCAUCUCCACCUGCACCUCUCCUGCCUUUACCAGGCUCUCAUCCCAAAACCAAACCACCUCCUCUGCUUUCCUUGCAUCAUCCUUCAGUCCCUCGCGGUCCCAUGCCCUCACACAUGCCUUACGGUGGUUCUGGUAUGUCUCGUGGGCCCCUAUUCCAGCACCCGCCUUUAUUCCACCCAGGCCCCAGAGGCCCCCACGGGAAUCGAGCAGCACCUCCUUCUCUAAAGAGUUCUCGCCCCCCACUUUUAUCUGCCCCGGGCCCUCCUCUUCCACGACUGAGUGGCCCAAGACACUAAGAAAUAACAGAGGCAUCCACAUACACCUGCUGUCGAACCGGGAGGUUGCAAGCAGUGCUUUGGACAUUUUCUGACGUCUGACUUUUCAGCUGAACAGAAUUUCACUGUUGACCUUUUUUAAAAGAAGAAGUAUUAGAUCUCAUUUAGCUCGAUGAUAAAAUAAAGAAAAAAAUUAGAGUUAGGUAUGAUCUCAUUGUGGAUGGAUUGAUAGAGGAUUGUAUGGAGCCCUCUUUCUAAUUGACGAUUUUAAGUAUUAUUUUUUUUUUCCAAAAUCCCCAUCAUAAUCGUCUUUUUUUUUUUUUAAUGUUCAGCUUGUCUCUUUAGAUUCAUAAAGUGGAGUAGGUUACAGUUAAACGCUGAACAGGUAGUUUGUUUGGCCAAAUGCACAAAUGCAACCAUGCAAGAGGUGGCAACUGUAUAGCAUGAAAGAGGAGAGAAGUAUUGGCGGUCUCAUGGUGGUACAGGGGCUUCUUAUUUUUCUAAAAAUCUUUCAAGAUGGUGCUUAAAACUUGUUGAUCUCAGAUUCUCGAAAGGAGGGGAUAUCGGCGUACAACUGAAAGCUUGUUUUUCUAAGCUGUUUUCUCGGCUCAAAUGUAAUUUUAUUUAUAAUGUACAUUUAUUUUUGUCAUGACCUGAAGUUCUCUGUCUGCAGUUGUGCGUACGUCCUUUCACCUUUCAGAAAAAAUCAGAAAAAUUUACGAUAUGUAUUAUUUCUUUGUUGUCUUUAUAAAGUUGUCACGUUGUUCCUUUAAA